AACAAAUUUCCUUUCUGUCAAUUUGGGAAUAUGCUUUCUCUCCAUUUACCAAAAAAGAAAAACAGGAAAAAAAAAAAAAAAAGGCGAGAAAAAGCUCUCUCUCCCCCCAUGCUAUAAGCAUCUGGACUGGACUGUUCGUCCCAAACCCAUUAUCUUAUCAAACGCCACCAAAAUGAAGCACACCAUUUCUUUACUCGUGCUUCAAAUUGCCUUUUCUUCCAUUUUUCUUCCGUUGGCUCUUGGAGACAAUACUUUGAUCCAAACAACCUGCAACAAGACACCUGAUUCCAAUCUAUGCACCAAGGUUCUCCAAUCUGACCCUCGAAGCUCCAGUGCCACAGAUGUCCAAGGGUUAGCGGUCAUAGCAACUGACAUACUAGCAAAAAAUGCCACAGUGACACUGCAACAGAUUACAUCCUUUUUUAAAACUGAUCCGCUGUACAAGAUGUGUUUUGAAUCAUACAUCACUGUCAAGAUUGACAUUCAGGUGAUUCUUGAGGGUGUUUCUAAAGGUAAUCCCAAGUUUGCCGAACAAAGUGCCUCAGAUGUUGUUACCAAGGCUGAUACUUGUGGGAAGAGCAUCCAAUCUUUGAAGUCAGAUGUUGGUGAUAAGAACAAGUUCGUGCAUGACUUGGCCCUUGUGGUUGCUGCUAUUGUUAGGCUAUUGCUUUGAUAGUUGUAAUUGUUAGUUAAUAAUUAAUAAAAAAUAGUUGAUGCA